GCAUUUUUGAUGAUUACAAAUAAAUUAUUAUAGUAUUUUUAUGAUAAUUGAGUUUAUAUUAUCGUUGAACUUAAAAACAACUACUAAUUAAAAUAUUUCUAUUUGUGGUUAAUUUUAAAAGUGUCAUAUUCCCUAUUCUGACAAAGUGGAUUAUUAUUAUAUAAUAAAUAUUUUUCAAUUAAAUCUACUAAUUAAGACAAUUUUAACAAUAUGAGUGAUGAUGAUAGAGAUAUUGAGCUGGAAACUGCUGAAAAAAGAGCACACCAUAAUGCAUUGGAAAGGAAACGCCGUGAUCAUAUCAAAGACAGUUUCACCAGUCUCAGAGAUUCAGUCCCUUCUUUACAAGGUGAAAAAGUAGCUAGUAGGGCUCAAAUAUUGAAAAAAGCUGCAGAUUACAUACAGUUUAUGAGGCGUAAAAAUGUAUCUCAUCAACAAGAUAUUGAUGAUCUUAAAAGACAAAACAAUAUUUUAGAGUCACAAAUAAGAACAUUGGAAAGAGCUAAAGCUACAGGAAAUUAUGCCAUGGAAUCAAGUGAGAUAGCACUUGAUGUUUCUGGAUCAGAAAAUUCAGAUGUUUCAGAUGGUGAAUUACAAAAAUCUAAAAGAAGGCUAAAGAAACAAAAGUUUGGUUAUUAAAUUAUCAGUUAUUUUAACAUUUUAUUUUUCAACAAACUGUAUAAUAAAUUUAAUUUGUUCAACUUGUAAUGAUAAUAAUUUUGAAAGUCUUUUAAGUGCAUCUUGUACAAAUAAAUAACACUUAGAGACGUUGGUGUUAAAAAAUAAAGAAUAAUUAUAAAAUUCUUGUAGCUUAUAGUUUAUCCUAUAGUAAUUAUUUAACUAUUUGUUGAUUAAAAUCUGUUUUUGUAUACAAUUCUUAUAUAUUUGACAUUUAGCUUUAUAGAAAAAUAUUUAUACUUCAUAAUUUUUGUAUUAAUACACAUUAUUUUACCACUACAUAUUCUUGCAAAAGUUAUAGUUAUUGAAUACAUCGAGGUGGUAUAAAUUAGAUUAAGACUAAUUACUAAAAAAUUAAAUGAUACAAUUUUUAACUAUUCAAGUAUUUUUUUAACUUUAUAGUUAUUAAUAUAUUUUGAAAAAUAGUAUUAUAGUUGUUGUUAUUCUUCUUAUCUAAACUCUUUAUAUGCGUAUUAUACCUAAGUUACUUUAUAUAAUAUUAAUUGUUUGCAGUUCAUUUUCUUAAAACUAUAGCUUGUUCACUGUUAUGAUUUAAAACUAUCAACCAUUUGUAUAUAUCUCUUUAAGUAAUUAAUUAUUAAGCUUAAAAUUUAAAAUAGUUUUUUUAUUUUUAGGAUUGAUUGAGUGUUGUUAAAAUAUAAGAUAUCUUAAUGUAUCAUAGAUGAGUUAAGUUCUUAAUUAAAAUAAAGUAACUUAUGAAAUGUCUAUAAAUAAUUUUGGCUAUUAUUACUAUUAAAAUGGUAAUGUUAUUUACAUAAAUGUAUUUUGAAUA